UGGCGGUGCCCUUGUUACAAUGGGGGCUGUGGUUCACUUGUUAGCCAAGUUAUUAUAAUUAAAAGCUCAUUAUCCUUUCAGUUAUCUCAUAAAGGUGGUUUAUUCAGACGUCUACAUGAUAAAGUCCAGUGCAGCAGGUCCAUCCACCUCCUCCCCUCAAUCAAUGAAGGAAUCCAAGGAGAACAUGACUGGCCAAGCAAUUCUGGACCACAUCAAGCCAUGCUGGUACUGGGACAAGAAGGAUUUAGCCCACACGCCAUCUCAGUCGGAGGGCCUGGACCCUGGCACAGAGGCACGGUAUCGGAGGGAGGGAGCCCGCUUCAUAUUUGAUGUGGGGACCAGACUUGGCUUACACUAUGACACGCUGGCAACUGGCAUCAUAUAUUUCCAUCGCUUCUACAUGUUUCACUCCUUCAAGCAGUUUCCCAGAUAUGUGACGGGUGCUUGCUGUCUUUUCCUGGCUGGAAAAGUAGAGGAAACCCCCAAAAAAUGUAAAGAUAUCAUCAAAACAGCCCGCAGCUUGCUGAAUGAUGUGCAGUUUGCCCAAUUCGGAGAUGAUCCAAAGGAGGAAGUGAUGGUGUUGGAGCGAAUUUUGCUCCAGACGAUCAAAUUUGACCUGCAGGUGGAGCACCCCUACAUGUUCCUGCUGCGCUAUGUAAAGCAGCUCAAAGGGGAGAAGAAUAAAGUGUGCAAGGUGCUGCAAAUGGCCUGGACUUUUGUCAAUGACAGCUUGUGCACCAUGCUGUCACUGCAGUGGGAGCCAGAAAUUAUUGCUGUAGCCGUCAUGUACCUGGCAGGCCGCCUGUGCAAGUUUGAUAUCCAGGAGUGGACCACCAAGCAGCCAUCCCGUCGCUGGUGGGAGCAGUUUGUCCAGGAUGUCCCAGUUGAGCUGCUUGAAGAUAUUUGCCACCAAAUCCUGGACCUGUAUUCCCAGGGAAACAAGCCCAUUCCUCAGCAGAUGCAAGAGAAGGAGCGAACGCCAACUCUUUCCGCCUCUGUUCCCCCAGCACCGCAGGGACAGCCGCCUGUCACCAGCCCUCCACCCCCACCACCAAAAAAGACGUCCCCCCAGGGUGGCAGCCCUGCUCGUCCGCUUAAACGCUCACAUACUUCUCCAAAAGAUGAACCAAAGGCUCCAGCAGAACCUGUUGGAUCAAAGAUUCCCAGAUUGGAGAGCCCCAUGCCCCCGCUGCCUGCAUCACAACCUCCCCCAGCUCCUCCCACAGAGGCAGAACCAGGAAAUGAAGCAGCUCCUCCACCCCCACAUGCCCCACCUCCACAUCAGCCUCCUCCACUUCCCCAUCGCCCUCCUCCACCUCCACCCUCCAAUUACAUCAUGUCCACUACUGGUUCUUAUAUGUCUGGAGAGGGCUACCAGAACCUACAGUCCAUAAUGAAAACAGAAGGUCCCUCCUACGCCCCCAUGCCACCCAGCUAUGCACCUCCAAUACCGCCGUAUCACCCACAUGUCUAUCCGCCACCUGCAGCACCACCUCCAGGCCCUCCACCUCCUCCUUCCACAUACCCACCGCCCAGUUUGCCACCAACCUAUCCUCCACCGGGCUAUAACAGCUACCCUCCACCACCGCCUCCACGUAUGCCGCCAGGCCACGUACCUCCUCCAGGGAUAGGUCUUCCACCCACUGGGUACCCUCCUCCACCUCCUGUGCCCCCAGGACAGUCACAAGUGCCCCUUCCACCUCCACCUGGCAUGGCUAUGAACCGUGGUGGCUGGAUGAGAUGAGGCUGAUCCCAGCUGAGCUUUUUGGAGACUGGAAACGACCAGGAAUUUGUUUUCUGGUUCCAACCAAGGAAAGUGGAGCUGGUUCACCUUUAGUGCAACUUCUGAUACACAGCUGCUGAGGCUGUAAAUGAGGAUUUCUCAGCUAAUGAACUUGAGAGUAUAAAAGGAAGGUCUGGACAGUUUUGUUUUGAGAACCACAAGAGAAGUAAAGUUUCCAGUGAGUAUUUGGGGAAAAUUGUGAAACGAGUGACAUUAGCAUCUACAGGAUGGGAGCCAUGGUCCCACCUUCAACAUGUUACUGUAAACAUUUUAUUUCUGUUGUGGGAACGUAAUCUAAUUCUGUUUUCUUCAUUGUCUCACAUGCUGUCCUCACUUAUUUCACUGUGAGAUGUUACUUAUUUUUGCUUGCCAUGAAAGUAGAUCUAAGGAUCAGUCUUGUAUUCUUUUUAUUCUCUUAUAUUCUUUCAUUGUGAAUUUCCAGUUGUCCCAGUUCUGGUUUACUGAGUUUCCAGAUUUACUGAUGGAAAACUGGAAUUUUCCAAUAAAGUUCAUAGUGUCUAUAAUUUUCUAUAGCAGAUUUAGUUAUCAGACACUUCGUUUUAAACAUCAACUGAUUCGUACACGUCACACAACAUCCAGUCACACCCCUGGCAAAGAUGGAAGACUACAGUAGAAACAUGUCAGGUAGGGUUAUGCUAAAACCAAGUGUCUGAUAACAUAAGAACUAAAUCGGCUAUAAACUGGAGUUUAAAGAGAACUGGUGGCUGAAUGUGCAGUAGUUCAUGCUGUAUUAGUUUGUUUAAAACCUGAUUCAAAUUCGUAUUUCACUAACUCAAAAAAAUAUUUUUUUUUCCAAGAUAUUUCUGCUAAAAAUAACCUUUAUUUUAUUUUAAUCAAUGAAGUACAGAACUGAAAACCUGUCAGAUCAACCAUGUCUAACACUGGACAGCAUACUGUUUAUUUGUACAUUUAUACUGAUGGUUUGGAGAGCUUCUAUAUGUGCCUUAUUCAGGCUUCUCUGUAUCAUCAUAGAUUCGGUUUAGUUAAUGAACAGUUCUCGUGACAUUAACCUUCAUUCCCACCUAAUUUUUGAUCAUUUCCGCCUCGACAUUACCAAGUUUCUAUGGUUAUAACUGAAGAACUACAGGGUCAUUUUCAUUCAAUGACACCUCAUUUGAAAGGUAAUAAGCUAUAGUUUCAUAAAAUGAUCUUUACUAUGUGGCUGAAAUACAACCUGACCCACAUCAGGUAAAAUUUAGCUAAAACCCUUUUUUUUUCCCCCGUCCCUUAUGCAUUUUUUAUACCCAUUAUUAAAUAAGCUUAAUUUUUAACAUGCCUCAUGCCAGACACAAAAUAUUUACUACAUAUCUUCUACACUUUGUCAACUACAUCUGGUUGAAAUAGUAGAUUUCUAGGUAAAAUCUUAUGGGAGCUAUAGACUUUUUAGUCUCAAGUGACCUAUCCAAAUUGUGCCAAAUGCUUUUACUUAUUUCUGUGACGUUGCAAACAUUACCGAUGUUAAAAAAAAAAAAAAAAAAAAAAAAACGUCUGGCUGGAAUUUCCAAAUCAUAUGGAAUUUUCCUCUAUCUCAGCCUUAAAUAUGUUUUCGUCAGAUUUGCGUUGCCUUAUCCACUCUCAGACAACGAACAAUGGGGGUAGAUGACGCCACGUGACGUACCACUCGGAAUUACGUGACAACUCAAAACUUUGUACUACGGCGAAAGCAUGUGAAUAUCCCUUCUCAUAUAGUCUCAGAUGGGUUUUGCACCCAUGGAGGGUCAGAGGUUUCAGCUCCCUCACUUUCUCUGCAGUUUAACAAGAUGAACUAAAGACCAGGUUCAUGUUUUGGACUGAUGGCCUGGGGAAGAAGCUGUUCAGGAGUUUUAGAUCAGAGUGUCCAGUAUCCAGUAAAGCUAGAAAAUGCAGAAAUGUAAAUUCUCAAACUACAGAAAAUAAAUCCCAUGCUCGUCUUACUGGUGAUUCAUGGGAAGCUCAGUGCAUCUCAAGCAAAGCAGGGAGCUGGAAACACAUCAGUUCUGCAUAAAGACAUCUUUAUGCAAGAAUGUCAAAAGAUCAGUGUGAAAUAGACCUCUUCAUCAUACUGCAGUAGCAUUAAAUGUGGACAAAUUUAAAUCUAUACACAGAUUUAAAAAUGACAGAUUUUUUAAAUACUUUUAACACUGGACCCUUCUGGUAAAAAGUAAUACAAUUGAUCAUGGAAUAAAUCGACAAUGUGACAUCAGGACCACCAAACCGGUUGGCAGUCCCGUUAGCUUUGUUGCUGCUAGAGAUUUCGUUUCUUUUACUAAUUGUGUAAUUGUGUUUUGGUAUUUGGUACUUGGCUCGUUUGCAGAGAAUCUAAGCUUUCUAACAAGGUAUGGCUUGCCUAUAUUGACAAAAGUGUUAUUGGAGAAGUUUUAGUUUAUCAAGCAAAAAGGCGAUCAGGUAGUAAUGAAGAGGUUAAUCAACAGUUCUCAUGACAUUAAAGACCUGCUUUUCUUCCUUGAA